AUGGCGCCUCAUAUGGGUAACGAUGAGUUCUUCUCGUCUCUCACCGAACUCCUUUCCAAGUCCUCCCAGAAGUCCCGAGGCUCCGUCUUUCUCACCCAAAAGCCCCUGAUCGACGGCGUCAGCAGCGGCCAACCCUCUAUCCUUAUCCGCGCUUCAAACGGCAACACCGACGCAAAGAGACCAACCGACAAAGAUGGCAAGAUCGCUAAGACCAAGGCUUCGAAAGCCUCGAAAGUCAAGUUCUCCACUGUCGUUGCUGCGGAUCAGCUCGAAGCGUUCUACACUCGAUAUGCCGAUGUGUGCAAGGCUGGCAUGACAGGUCUGAAGAAGCGGGAUCGGAGCAAGCGCAAGGCGAAGGGCAAGGGUGCAGCCAAGGCCACGAAGGCAUGA